AUAGCCCCGACUUCCCGACCUGAAAAUCACCGACGUCAUGGUUUGACCUCGUUUUUUCCGAGUUGUCUUGAAAGCACCAUUAAAGUAGGCGGUGCAAGUAGUAGAAGGUUCUGGAAGUUCAUCGCCAGGACGAGGGGUGUUAUAAGUUAAACAAGGUCCUUUCUCUCAACGUCUGUCUAUUGUAACAGACUAACCAACAACAAUGGUGAAGGAAACCGGCUUUUAUGACAUGUUGGGUGUUAAGCCCAAUGCCACACCAGAUGAGCUGAAAAAGGCUUAUCGUAAGCUGGCCUUGAAAUACCACCCUGACAAGAACCCUACGGAGGGGGAGAAAUUUAAGCAGAUAUCUCAGGCAUAUGAGGUGCUGUCAGACUCCCAGAAGAGAGAGGUGUACGACCGGGGAGGGGAGAAGGCAAUAAAAGGAGGGGGCAGCGGAGGUGGCGGGGGUUUUGGAUCCCCCAUGGACAUCUUUGACAUGUUCUUUGGAGGAGGUGGCCGACUGCACCGGGAGAGGAGAGGAAAGAAUGUGGUUCAUCAGCUCACAGUCUCUUUGGAAGACCUCUUCAAUGGCGCCACGAGGAAACUUGCUGUCCAGAAGAAUGUUAUUUGCGAGCGAUGUGAAGGUCGCGGGGGAAGGAAGGGCGCGGUGGAGAUGUGCAUGUCCUGUCGCGGCACAGGCAUGCAGGUGCGCCUCCACCAGCUGGGACCAGGCAUGGUGCAGCAGGUGUCCACCGUGUGCGGGGGUUGCCAGGGCCAGGGCCAGCGCAUCAGCCACAAGGACCGCUGCAAGGCCUGCAGUGGACGGAAGAUUCUGCGGCAGAAGAAGAUCCUGGAGGUCCACAUUGACAAAGGUAUGAAGGAUGGGCAGAAGCUAGUUUUCCACGGGGAGGGAGAUCAGGAGCCAGGACUAGAGCCUGGUGACAUCAUCAUUGUCCUGGAUCAGAGAGUCCAUCCCGUCUUCACCAGGCAAGGGGAAAAUCUGAUCAUGACUAUGGAGCUGCAGCUGGUGGAGGCCUUGUGUGGUUUCCAGAAGCCUUGUCAAACUCUGGACAACCGAAGCCUCCUCAUCACCUGCCACCCAGGGGAAUUGAUCAAACCUGGCGACAAGAAGUGUGUCCUGAAUGAGGGGAUGCCCAUGCACCGCCGGCCGUUUGAAAAGGGACGCCUCAUUAUCCUCUUUUCGUUCUGCCCGUUCUGACUCUGGUCCCUGUCUCCAGUCCCACGUCUCGUCAUCCUGCUGCUCUGUCCUGGAUUCCCCACUCUACUACUCCCUUGGAUUCCCCUCCGGACCUGCUUACCCUGUCUCAACGCCUCUCCCUCCAGCUUUAGCCUCCACACCUGGUUUCCAGCAACACGCCCGAGCUUCCCCUGACCUGCACUCCAUCUCCCCCUUGUGUUUCAAUAAAUACCUUGGUUACUUUAUCCCAGUCUGAGUGGGUUCCCCUGUUCCACUCUGCGUAACAUUCAUGCUCAAUAAUACCUUGUGCUAUUACUUGACUUAAGACUAGUGAUACCUUUUUAUGUUUAGUUGUAUUAUUUACUUAAAUAUACUUACUGAAAUUCAGUUGCUGUGUCCCUCAAUUGUUCAUGGAUAAAGUUAUUGGAAGUGUUCUUCAUUUUUUCCCUAUGUUUCUUCCUAAGAAAAAAGGUAAGAAGAAAGCAGAUUCUUGGAAAUAAUGUUUUAGGAUUUCUUCUUGGAAAUGUACUUAACUUUAGGACAGCUAAACACUUGUCUUGAGACAAAUGGAUACUUCUGUAACUAUGAACAUUUUGUUGCGCCACAGACAGUUGGCUACCGGAUUUUUAAAUACAGCAAGAAAACAAAUUAAACACACAUUAUCUAGCUAUUACAAUAUUCUAGAAGUUUUAAAUAGCUACCGCCAUCUCAUCAAUUUGCAAAGAACUUGGCUAACUUAGCUGAAGUUAACGUUGUUAUAGAGUGAUAAAUGAUGCUGGCCCAUCAAACCAAUAGGUGGCGCUAUCACCAGUCCUAGAUUGGUAACCGUUCUGUGAACAAUAGAGAUAGUUGAGUAUUGGUUUCCAUGAUAGAUAGUGGUGGUAAAUCAGUUCCUAAUAAAUGACAAGUAAAGAUUACACCCUGUAUUUGUAAGAGAUACCAUUGUAAAUAACACAAGCAUAUUGCUAUUACAUUGUUAUAACUAACUUCUUUCUUAAACAAGGUUCUCUCACAUACUCACAAGCAGAAACUGAGACACACACACACCAGAGACAGAUGGCUGACACAGAACAUUCAUAAACACUGAUAAGGCAGGGAAGGCCUUGAGCAAGAGUGCUUGGGUCUGCAUCCCACGAAAUAAUGAGACACACACAUAACCAAGGACUGAGGGCUGACGUAAAUCUUUCAUAAACACAGAUAAGACAGGAACAUCUACGCACACACAAAAACUCCUCUUCAGUCUGAACAUUUUUGAAGACAAAGAACUCUACUCAGAGCCAAUGGGACAGUGAUACUAGCCUGAAGGAGACCUCGCCCUACUCAUCAGAACCAACCAGAGGACCAGAACUUCCAGACUCAACCUACUUUCUGUGCUGUAUAAAAUGACUAUGUAUUUCUGUUAUCUGGGCUCUGUCUGCAGGUUCAUUACGAGCUGAAUGAACGAGUCCAUGCAUGUUUGUAUCAGAUAUCUUUACCUCUGAAUAAAACUGCUUUUUAUUAUAUGAA